AUGAGUACCAAACCAUUCGGGUCUCUGGAGCCGCCGACUGUGAGAGAGGAGAAGGAGGCCAAGGCUAAAGAUGCUUCAGAGGGUGGCACAGAACCAGGCGCGCGACGGCGCCAGCACCGCCGGAGCAAUAGCUUCAUCAUGGUGAAGCAUGUGCGUGAAACGCCAGACGAGGUCGUGGAUCAGUCCGUGGCGCCGAAUGUAAAUGCGGAAUGGGUGAAUAUGAAAGGCGCAUGGGUUAUUCAUGUCGUGCUGAUCACGCUGGCCAAGUUGAUCAUCAACGAAGUGCCGGGUAUCUCGGACGCGGUGAAAUGGUCCAUUGUCAACUUGGGAUACAUGCUUGUAUCGUAUUGCAUUUUCCAUUAUGUCAAGGGUGCCCCGCAGGACCUCAAUAGUGGCGCGUACGAUGAACUAACACUGUGGGAGCAGAUUGAUCAGGGAUACCAAUACACACCAGCCAAAAAGUACUUGACGAGUCUUCCGAUUGCCAUGUUCUUGUUGUCCACACAUUACUCACACUACAAUCCAUGGCUCUUCUCGCUAAAUUUGGCCGGUCUGUUGCUUGUUCUGUUCCCGAAACUUCCUAUCUUGCAUCGUCUGCGAUUCCUCAUCUUCCCACCUGCGCCGGCGUCACGCUCCAUCUCCGGCACAGCCACGCCUGUGCAUUCCUAG